CAAAUUAGUGAGGUUAUGUUAUGUUCGUGUGUUAUUGUCUUGUCGACCAGUUCUUUUAGAAAUUAUUUCUUAAUUCGUUAAAUACAUAUAAUCAAAUCAUUCACUCUUCUAAUUGUUACCUAUUUCAGCUAUAGUAAAAUGGAGGAGUCUCAGUUCGACUCCACUUUAGGUGGAACGGAACAUCUGCCUAAUUCAGCGAAUAGUUUAAAGUUUGCCUCUUCUAGAAGUAUAGAAAUCGCAGCAAUGACCGAGAGCAUCUUUAGGCCAAGUAAUACUAAACUUAUAUUCCAAUCCCUACCCGUUCACAUGCGGCGUCGCGUUAUGAGUCACAACUGUAAACGGCUGCCAAGAAAACUAAGAGAAGGCCACUUAGAACAGCUGAAAAAAAGCGGACUACCGCCAAAACAAAAGCGACCUUCGAGAAAAUACAGGCGACGACCUGCGAAUCUCCUAGAGGAAUAUAACAGGAGGCAAAAACGAAAUAUUUGGUUAGAAACCCACAUAUGGCAUGCUAAGAGAUUCCAUAUGAUUGAGCGCUGGGGACACAGACUAGCUCAUGCUCCUUGUGAUAAAGCCUUCAGGGCUUGCUAUCGAGCAAGUUCAGCCCACUGCCUCUUACAAGAUAUUUCAUAUUAUACCCCCAUUAAAGUCACUGGACGGCCAGAAUAUAUUCAAGAAAUGUUUAGUUGUUUAUCCACUCCAGUAACUGGACUUGGAAUAUGUGCUAAAGCUUAUAUGACAGGCAACAGAGAAGGAACAAUCCACAUGUACAAAGCUAACUCUUAUCCUUAUGGAUACAUUGGAAAAGUAACCUUCAUUUGGGUUCCUAGUGACAGCUCUGCCAGAACUUUAUGGCUGUUUGUACAUCCUGCACAAGCUAAUCAAAUAGAAUCAGUUUUAGCUGAUUUAUUAUGCUCUGAUAUAAAGAGCUCAAAUAAUGAAAUCCCAGAAAAAAGGCGAAAGCUUGUAAACAAUUACUCUGAGCAAGUAAAAAUCAAAGUACUCCCUGGAAUAUUCAACAGAUUUCGAUUGACUGGACCUAACAGUCAUGCUGUGUUAGCUCAUAGCCUCAAAUCUGUAGACAACAUUGAAAAACUGAAAUCAAGUCAAUGGCUGUCUUGUCUAAACCAAAAAUCUGAAUUAUACUUGAAAGAAAAUCAUGACUAUUGGCAAGAUAUCAAAUAUUGCAGCUCUCCAUCCCAGCUUUCUUCAAGACUAAUUCUUGGGUUGGUUGUACGGGACCCCCGCUUGAGUCGACCUUCCAAAAGAACAAAAGCACAGACUGAAAAUAAUGAUCAAAUUAGUGUUAAAUCUUUAUUACAUUUCCCAAAAUCAAUAUCACAUUCACCACUCUGGGAUACAAAUGCACAUGAGGCCAUCAAGACAAACAAAUUGUCAAAUCUACAGUUCACUAACCAUGUCAGAAAAACUCAGCUGGUACCUGGAACAGUUUAUUUGGAGGAUCCAGCAGUGCAAAGUGUUCCAGUUGUACUGGUACAGAGACCAGGCUCCCAAGAGUCAAUUUACAAAAAACUUGGUUAUGGAAGUGGCUGGGACAUAAUAGUGCCUUCAGGAUAUGGUGUACCAUUUUGGCACACAUUUAUUAUGUUUGGAGGCAGAUCUGGUGGUUUGCGAGAAACAGAAAGCCUGGCUUUCGAAAUGGGUGAAUGCUACAUGCCUCCAGACUCAAAUGCUGGGAGAGAAGAAGAAAAAAGAAUAGAAUCUGAGCUCAGGGAGAGGUAUUUUAAACUACCUCCUAGUAAGAGAGUUAAUUAUACAAAACUGGCUGUGAACAGUCCAUUUAUACCCCCAUGGAAAGUGUUACUGAAGGACUGGAGUAACACAACUGUUGAAGAUUUCUUUAUAUUGCGUAAUAAAAAGCUUUUGGAUACUCUACAGGACUGCCUAAAACAGAAAAAGAAAUUACCGGAAAUGGAACACGCGGCUCAAUGCUUGGUUGCAGUGUACAUACAAAUGCAUGGUAAAGGCAAUCUUAAACGUCAUGCACUGAUGUGCUUACCACAAUCAGGUGACAUAGGCGACAUCAAAAAUCUAUUUGAGCCCCACCAUGCGGAUCCACACGAGAAACUUAGAAAACAAAAACGAACACUACACUUAAAGAAUUUAAAACAAUGGAGACGACAGCGAGUGAAGCUAAGGAAGAAAGGUGUAUUGACUGUUAACAAAACUCAAAAGAUUUGUAAAAAGGUACCCUCAGAGUAUGUAAAGAGCAUGAGAGAGCUGUGGGUUCCCUCUAACACGCAAACUGUGCGACAUUCCGCCGCCCGAGAGAUUGUUGGCUACUUGUCACAGGGUGCAUUCAGCUUCUCGGAAGCUAAAAGCUGUGGUAUAGGCUACAUACCAUAUAUUGCGUUAAGCACACUAUUAAAAAGUGGCCAUAAUCAAAUUCUUAUACGUAAUACUUCCUCUAGAAAAUAUAGACUGGCUGAUUUACAUAUAGUGAAAUCAGGAUAAGGCAGAAAAUAAAACUGUUGUACUUCAAAA